GCAAGAAUAUACUUAUUCCUAAUCUCUUUGUUAAUCAUCACCCGAGCUACGAGCUUCGAAGUCGAGGGCCAGCUACCUUGAGCAUCAACACCCUUGACAUCAUAGCGUGGCUCCAUCCAAGCAGAUGAGCAGCCCCAUCACCGACGGUGCCAGGCUGCGGCGAGCGGCGUCGUCCUUCCCCGCGGCGGCACCGGCCUCGGCAAGGCCCGUCACGGCGCCGCGCUUCAUCCAGCACAAGAAGGAGGCCUUAUGGUUCUACCGCUUCAUCUCCAUCGGCUACGACCGCGUCUUCAACCCGGAACAAUACACCGAGGACAUGCGCGACGACGCGCUGGAGCCCGCCGGCCUCCUCUACAGCCGCCACCUCAAGGUCGUCGACGUCGGCGGCGGCACGGGGUUCACCACGCUCGGCAUCGUCAAGCACGUCGACCCGGAGAACAUCACGCUGCUCGACCAGUCGCCGGACCAGCUCCAGAAGGCACGGCAGAAGGAGGCCCUCAAGGAGGUCACCAUCAUGGAGGGCGACGCCGAGGACCUCCCGUUCCCUACCGACUCCUUCGACCGAUAUGUCUCCGCCGGCAGCAUAGAGUACUGGCCUGACCCACAGCGAGGGAUCAAAGAAGCAUACAGGGUGUUGAGGUCUGGUGGGGUAGCUUGUGUGAUUGGCCCGGUGUACCCAACCUUCUGGCUGUCCCGCUUCUUCGCCGACAUGUGGAUGCUCUUCCCCAAGGAGGAAGAGUAUAUCGAGUGGUUUCAGAAGGCUGGGUUUAAGGAUGUCGAGCUGAAGAGGAUUGGACCAAAGUGGUACCGUGGUGUUCGAAGGCAUGGCCUCAUCAUUGGUUGCUCUGUCACAGGUGUCAAGAGAGCGAGUGGAGACUCUCCCUUGAAGCUUGGUCCUAAGGCGGAGGAUGUCAGCAAUCCAGUGAAUCCGAUCAUCUUCUUCUUUCGCUUCCUCGUAGGAACAAUAUGUGCUGCAUACUAUGUUCUGGUGCCUAUUUAUAUGUGGAUAAAGGACCAGAUCGUGCCAAAUGGCAUGCCAAUCUGAGUGAAGGGGAAUGAGAUGCAUGGAAGAGAUGAUAGCCAACAUCUGAAUUAGGCCCUGUUUGCAUUGGUUACUUGUGAUAAUUUUUAUCACCCAUCACAUCGAAACACAGCUAGAGAAUAAUUUGCGAGACAAAUCUUUUAAGCCUAAUUAGUCCAUAAUUAGACAAUAAUUAUCAAAUAAAACAAAAAUGCUACAGUACAUAUUAAGUUUUAACACCCCCUUAGUCUUCUCUAUAUUAGUUGCUUCCUGUCUAUUUUGUAUUAUUACCUCUUGUGUUUCCUGCUGCUAUGUACUUCUUGUACUGUUGUUCUUGUUUGUGCGAAUUAAUAAUAUUAAGACAUGGAUAUUCUCCAGUUUCUUGAGCA